CCCGUCUCGAAUUUUGUCGGUUUUUUCAUCAUGUACGUCUUCUUUGUCGCUCUCGCACUGCUGGUUCCCGCAUUGUCAUUCCAUGUGGACACCGGUACGCACGAGACAAAGCAUCCACCGAUUGUCCUUCUCGAACAGGGCCCUGCUGCACUGUGUGUCCAUUCAGGAGUGACGAACGCCGCCUAUCACGAGGUGCGUCGGCACAUCAAGGCAUCGGACGGCCCAUCUGUCGAGCCCGCCUCAGCACCCAGUACCUAUAAGGACUCCAAGGAGCGGUUGGCUGAAGCUUUUGCAAGUCCUUUUGAUUUCACCGAGGAGGAGAUCAAAGCGAUGGCUGAGGUGCCACUCGAAGAAGCAGGAGCAGCCCCACCACCACCACCAACAGUAGCUGCGGAUGAGCCAGAACCAGCGCCGGAAGAAUCGGGCGGCGGCCCGGAUGAGGCGCCGCAGAAGGAGGGAGACACUGUCGCACAGCCUGAGACACAGCCUGAGGGCGAGCCGGGGUCGGCAAUCAACAAGGACAAGACUGAGGAGGCUGCGCCAUCGCCACCCACAGCACCCGAGCCCAGCAAGCUCACCGCCCCAAAUGCCACGGGACCUGUGGACGACGCCACGGGCAACGAAUAUGUCCUGGGAGAGCCAAGGUAAGAAGGGGGAGGGGGAAAGAAGGAUCCACACUUAGAACACUUACAACAAUGGAUGGUGCUGCUUAUGGGACACGGCCAAGACCCAAGCGUCGGUGGGUGAGCGUCGGAUACGAUGUAAGUCAGUCAGUCAAUGCAUUGGAGGGAGACACGCCGUCCAUUCGUGACAUCGUUCUGCUUCAACUGUUGGUGCAGGCGCCCUGGAGCAGCUCCCCCGGCUUCGCCGACCCCAUGGCGGCUGCCAAGAAGUCUGAGCCUGAGCCUGAGCCGCCCUUGCCAGCUCCCGUCCCCAUGCAAGUGUCUGAGAUCAUCGUGACGCGCUGGAAGGACUACGAGGCCACAGAAGAUUACGGAAACGUCGUCGACCUCUUUGAAAAAGCGGAGCCCUUCCCACAGUAAGCACCUAGAUGGAGACACACUGAGACAGACAGACAGACAGACAGACAGACAGACAGAAACAUGCACCCCCCUUCCACUCCACCGCCAUUGCCCGUCCGUGAUUUGUAUGUGUGUCUAUGAAUCACCUACACCUCUCCUCUCCAGGUGUUGUGCGUGCAUCCAGUUCCCCGAGGGUCACACGGGCGACGACAUCCGGACGAUCCCCUUUGAACAGCGCCACUGCGUGAAGGUCCCCGAGCAGCUGCCCUUCCCCGGCAAGGAGGAGGGCACUGAAAAGCGCGCCUUCGCUGCUGCCGACUGCACCAAGAUCUGCGAGGACAACUUCAGCAAGGAGGGCUUCACGGUCAAGGACUUCUUCUACACACGCGCUAUGGCCCAAAACGACGAAAGCAAGAACUUCAUGAACCGAUGCGAGACGGUCAGUCAGACGGUCAGGCAGUGAGUGAGGCGCCAAGCCCGCAGCCACGCCCGCCUCCCACACACGUGUGUCUCUCUCUGGUUUGCCUGUCUCGUGUUUCCUUCCGGCAGGCCGGCCGCUGCAUGCAAAUCUACGUCGAUCGCGCCCUCGACGACGACUUCAAGCCUUGCGAGACACUCGAAAAAUGCCCCGAAUGCACCAAAUACGGCGACAGAUCCUUCGGUGCGCGCAACGCAACAACGGAAACAGAGGGAGACACACAUGGCUCUCCCAUGGAGUCAAUGGUAUGUGGAUGUGUAUGGCGUCUGGCAGGUGCCAGUUGGUACUUCCGGUGCAAGGAGGCUGGGGGCGCUGUGCUCGAUACGCUCCGUGAGGCCUACGAGGCCGAGAAGGUGCCCAUCACCAUCAAGGAGGGCGACCUACUCGUCUACGACUACCAGACACAAGUACGUAGUAAACGUGAUUAGAGAAGCUCCUUUCUGCUCAUUCGCCACCCCUUUCCUUUCUUGUGCGCGUUAUUCAGCCCAAGACGCUUUAUGCCCUGCAGAAGUGGCCUGCAGAAAUGGCCUGAGGAGGGAACAUGCAAUUUUCGUCACGGGAUAGCGAGCAUCCCUGUCGCUUUCAGUGUGGAGACAGGCAGCCUGCCAGGCUGGCUGACGCGUGUGGGGCUCGUGCAGUGCAUCUAUGGAUGGAUGGAUGGAUGGAUGGAUGCUACACUGACUGACUGAUAGAGGACAUGACAUGUAGG